AUGAUCCCAGAUAAAGUUGAUUCUAAAAGCCAAAAUUUGGAUGUUGAUGUACCACUUCAAACCAACUAUGGACGGACUGUUCAUUCAAAUACAUUAGUCCUUGUUGAUACAGAUGAAAUAGAUCAGGCUGUUGACCUUCUUCAAAAUCUAGAAACAUUACAAGCAGGAUUAAACCAACUUUUAGAUUAUUCCGCACGACAAAGAAUUGAUUUAUCUAACGAAGUACUUCAGAUUCUUUUAAAUAUUUUAGACCCCGAUUUUCAUGCUCCAGAAUUUAUACACAAAAUUGAUUUGAAACUCAUAAAUGAGUUAAUAUCUUCUGAUGCUAAUCAAUACAUAACGUUUUAUGCAGGUCCUAACAAGAUUGAUGUCAUUUUUCAGAUGUUUCCGAUGAUUGAAGCAGCUAGAUGCUUAGCAUCUAUCAUGUUUAGGGCAAAAGGAGUCAUAUCUAGGUUAGUUGAAAUUGGAUUAUACGAUAAGAUUAAUUCUUUGAUAAAAACACAUUUUGAAGCCUGUUGCCUUGUUUUAACACAAAUACCUAAUCUAUACGAGAACGCAGAUCUUUUCCAGUAUAUUUUGACACAAUUAAUUCAAUUUCUUCAGAGCGAUGACAGUAAUUUCGUUAGUGAUUCUAUUCAGACCAUUUCUCAAUUUUGCUCACAAAACAAGGAGGCCACUGAAUUUGUUUUACAAUCAGAUAAAUUUGUUCAAUUGAUUAAAUCUGAUCUCGAUGAUUUAAUGAUAUCUGAUAUAUUUACAUUGUUUACAAAAAUUGUUGAAUCCACAAAAUCUGCAUCAAUUCUACAAAGCCAGAUUAUUUUAGAGUUUUUGUUUAACACUGUGAAUGAGACCGGAUGCAUUGUCGAAGUUUUUGAUUUCAUAUCAUUCUGUAAUAGAUAUCAAGACUUCGCGGAGUCAGCAAUGUCAGAAAUUUUAAUUAAUAUUUUAUUUGAAGUUGGAAAGGGAAAUUAUUCUUUUAAAGUCAAAUGCUCGGCUAUAAAAGCCCUUUGCACUAUUAUUAUGAGCUGCAAUCCAGAUUUUAUUGAUUAUAAUGUAUUUAUUGAAAUUAUUGAAGAAAAUAUAGAUUCUAACGAUCGUCAAUUAGCGCAAGUAUUGAUGGAAUGCACGUUGUACCUUGCUCAUUCAUCCAAUACGGAAAUAUCAUCACGAAUAUUAGAUUCUGAAGCUAUUCGCGAAGAAUUUGAAAAUAUUAGCCCAGACAUGGUAUCAAGUGAUAUGUAUGAGUUAAUACAAGAAUUUUUAAAUGUUGAAUAA